AAAAGAAUGAAAAGGGACGUUAUAAGAAUCUUUAGGUUGUGUGAAUCGGGGCGAUAGAUUCUACAAGAUGAAGAUUUUUAUUCUUCUUGCUCUGGCUACUGCUGCUGCAGCCGUGCGAUAUGAUGGAUAUCAGGCACUUCGUGUGGAGCCGAGGGAUGAACUACAGCUUGACUUUCUUAACAACCUGAAAAAUGAACUUGACGGAAGGAUAUCAUUCUGGUCUCAACCCCGAACCACAAAGCGACCGACCGACAUCCUUGUCCAACCUCGCUUCCAGGAUGACAUCAAGGAAUUGUUGGAUGCUAAACAGAUUAAAUAUUCUGUCAUGAUCGACGAUGUCCAGUCCAUCAUUGACUCCCAGGUCCGCUCUGAAGAUGAAGUCGAGAUCGGUGCGGAUUUCAUUUACAGCCUAUAUCACACAUAUGCCGAGAUCCAAGCUUGGGUUUUUGAUAUUGCAGAUGAAUACAGCUCUAUUGCUCAGCAAUUCCAGAUCGCAACAUCUUACCAUGGUCGUGCUAUCAACGCUCUGAAGAUCAGUACAGGAGGUGGUGGCACAAAGAAAGCAGUCUACUGGCAGGGAGGCAUCCACGCACGUGAAUGGAUCUCACCAGCUACAGUCAUGUUUAUCACCAAGUCUCUUCUGGAGAGGUACGGCGUGGACAACGAUGUGACAGAAAUCCUAGAUACUUUCGAUUUUUACAUUGUACCCUCACUCAACGUCGAUGGCUAUUAUCAUUCUUGGAACUUUGACCGACUGUGGAGGAAGACUCGAUCGGUUAACAGGGGUAAUGGAUGCCGACAGUGGCGUACCGUGGGUGUCGAUCCUAACAGGAACUACGAAUAUGAAUGGGGAGGUGAGGGUGCAAACCCCAAUCCCUGCACAGAAACCUACCCUGGACCGAACGCAUUCUCUGAACGCGAGAUAGCCGAAACAACAUCUUUCCUUCUCAACGCCAACCAGGAGUUCGUUUGCUUCAUCGACUUCCACAGUUACUCUCAGCUCUGGCUUGCUCCCUGGUCGUACACGGCCAGGGCACGCCUCCCAGAGGACUUGGAGGAUCACUUUGACGCUGGAAUGAAGGCUAUCACCGCUUUAGAGAGUGUGUACAAUACAGACUACCUCUAUGGACCCUCCGCCUUGACUCUCUACGCCGCCUCAGGAUGCAGUGUGGAUUGGGGUUACGCCAAACUGGGAGCCAAGUACUCGUACGUGGUCGAGCUGAGAGAUAUGGGAUCAUACGGGUUUCUCCUUCCCUCUGAUCAGAUCAUCCCAACCGGAGAGGAGACACUUGAAGGAGUCCUGGCACUCUGUAAACACAUGGUGGAAGAAUACAAGUAGAUAGAAUUUGAUACUUAUAGGAAUGGAAUCCCAAUCUAAAAGGAAUAAAGUGAUCACAUAUUCACUCUUUUACGAGUAAGAAAAAUUCUUGAAAAGGCAGAGUACUAAUCCACUCCUUUUUUUUCACGGAACACUCUUCCAAGCAAUAGAAGAACGA